AUGAAGGUUCGUGCUAGCGAACUGCACGCUGUGAAGGACAGCAAUAAGUGCAUCCCGCAAGAGGGUGGUGAUGCCGAGAUGGACGAGCGUGAUGAGUUCAUGAACGACGUCUACCGUCGCCGUCGCAUGAACCAGCACAUCAAGACCCUCGAGAAGGUGAAGAACGCUACUCUGAAGGAAGAAAUGGUUAUCCAGUUCAACAAGCUGACCGAUACCGAAACAAAGCUUUUGGCAGACGAGGAAUCUAAAGAAACGCCUCACCACUGA